CAGAACUUGGCAUUACAUCAAUGGCACAAAUGGUUUGGCAUAAAAAAAAUGAAAUUCCCGAGAUAUCAGAUCAACAAUUUGUUCAAUACUAUCUUUCCAACAAAGAAUUCGAUAAUUAUCCUGAGAUUAAGAAAGAAAUAAUUGAAUUAUUUCGUAAAGAAUAUAUUACAUGGAGAGAAAUGUUCUUACUUUCGGUAGAAAAUAAUCUAAAAACGCAUAAAAUUAAGCAAAAUUAUUUUGGAAAAAUUCGCAACAAAAUUAAAGAAAAAUAUAAUAUAUUGAGAAAGGAAGAGUUUAAAUUAACAUUUGACUUUGUCAAGAGAUCACCUCCUCUUAUUCACAUUACUAUAUUUGAAACACAACUUGGUGAAGAUGAUUUUCAAAAUAUUAUUGAAGAUCCAAAUCAUGUUCCUACUCUAGACUUGCAACAAAGCAUUGCAACUAAUGAGAACUAUUAUUAUGGGCAAAAGCUUUUUUUCGAUCCAGAUAAAUAUACUUUUAU